AUGGUUUUUAUAGGUUUUGUGAAAAAACUCAACUCAACACUGUUUAGUAAAAUUACUUCAAAAAAUGAGCUCUUUCUACUAAAUGGCAAAGAAAUAUCAUACUGUGAACUGUGUGGUAUCGUGAUCAGCAUUUCGUCGAAUAACAUUAUAAUUUGUGACUUUUUUGGAUUAAUGGAAAUCUAUAAAAGUGCAGAUAUAGUUCCUAAAGGAAAAGGCCCAUUUAUUUUCAUAAUAAAGUUGUAUUCUAAGAGAGGAACAAUUUAUGGAUAUUGUAAGAAUAUUAGAAGUGUGUCCAUAUAUGAAGAAAUAUCUUUUAAUAUUGAAGUUAAAGCACUGAUUGCAAGUUUUUGCUACUAA